AUUGUAUUGAAGUAAAUCUAGCCAUGACGACGAUCAGGAGCCAUUUGCAAACAAGGGGAAAUCUCAUUAAGCUGUGAAGUUAGCGCCGGCAUGGGAGCCUUCUGCAUUCUAAGAAUAGCAGGUUCAUUAGAGAGACAUCAGCAUAGAGGCUGUUCAAACAGCAAAAUAAAGAGGCCAGAUGGUGGUGAAAGGGUUGUGAGAACCAUGGACCAAUCUCAGCUCUAUGCUGCUUUCCACCAGGUAAUGUUCUGGAUAAGUUGGGACAGGCCUCAUGUCAUCCUUGAAUCCUUUUACACUAUUACUACAUGAAAUCCAUGAUUCAUGGGAUGUCAAAUCUUUUCCCUCAGUAGCCUAUAACUCGUCCAAGAAAGUGAAAGGUUUUGCGAAAAGAAAGGUUGUAGCAGGUGACCCGGAAGACAACCCAGAACAGUUAGAAGAGGAUGAAUCCUCCAUUAUCAGCCUAGUUUUUCCACUGUGCUUCUGCUUCCUCUGCUUGCUCUUUGAGGUCUAGGCUGUGUUACUGUAAUAUAGCACUUUGUGACAACUGCUGAUGUAAAAGGGGCUUUAUAAAUAAAUGUGAUGAUUGAUUGAGAUGACAAGAUAUAAACAAUGAAGUUCAAAAGCAUGGCAGCCUGCUACCGAACAACAAAUACUUGUUAGAUGUUAUUACACGCUUGUAAGCCUCUUAGUCCCACAUUCUCCCUAACUGUGGGCUUUGGCUGGCUGCCAUUCACGCUACACAAUCCAUGAUGGCUUAAUCCCCAUGUAAGCUAAAUGAAUUGCCCCCUCCAGAAGAAGUUGACUGUCUUCCCAGUGAAGGACUUGGCACUAUGGAGGAGCUACUACUGCCCACAGAUGGAAAGGAAACACGGUACAACAAUAGUUCGUAUUCUCCAAGAGGAGACUCUGGGGGGAAACCCAUGUACGAACGUGUCAAGACAUUUUUACAUGGGACUUUUGUCGUUGACUUGAAACAGUGGCUGAGGGAGUACCUGAAGCUCAACGGCUUGCUGACGCUCUCGGUUUUUGCCGUGUUGGCCGGCUGUCUCCUGGGGUUCAUAUUGAGAGGGAGCCAUCUCUCUACCCAGGCUAAGAUUUAUUUUUCAUUCCCUGGAGAACUUCUCAUGAGAGUGCUCAAAAUGCUGAUCCUCCCCCUCAUCACGUCCAGUUUAAUGUCAGGCCUGUCAUCUAUGGAGUCCAAAGCCUGUUGUCGUGUGGGUGUUCUCACUGUGACCUACUACCUGUGGACCACCUUCAUUGCGGUGGUGGUGGGUAUCCUGCUGGUGAUCAUCAUCAAGCCCGGGGUGGGCACUGAGAUGGACAGCAACAGGCUAGGAGGAGGGCCCGUCAUGACUUCUGCUGAUGCCUUGCUAGAUCUCAUUAGGAAUAUGGUUCCUUCCAAUCUUAUUGAGGCGACAUUUCAACAGUACAAAACAGAUCUGGUCCGUAUCCUGAAAGUCCCCAGGGUCACAGUGCAGCCCAACUUUGUGUACAUCAUGCCUGACGAUAGUGGUCCCACUGGUCGGACCGUGUUCCUGGAGCUAACUCCACCCCCUGACAUUCACUACAAGACCAGAGCUGGCAGCAACCAACAGAUGAACGUGCUGGGGAUCGUCAUCUUCUCUGCCACCAUGGGGCUGUUACUGGGGAAAAUAGGCGAGAGAGGAGCACCACUAGUUAACUUGUGUCAGUGUAUCAACGAAUGUGUCAUGAAAAUCAUCAACACUGCUGUUUGGUAUUUUCCAUUUGGGAUCAUAUUCCUCGUAGCUGGAAAAAUCCUGGACAUGCAGGACCCAUCUACUCUUGGGAAGAAGCUGGGCUGGUACACCAUCACUGUUCUUGCCGGGCUUUUUGUCCACGGCCUCAUCCUCCUCCCCUUCUUCUACCUCAUCCUGACUCGGAAAAACCCUUUCACUUUCAUCAGAGGCCUGCUUCAAGCCUUGGUCAUAGCACUGGCCACCUCCUCAAGUUCUGCCACUCUGCCCAUUACUAUGAAGUGCUUGCUGGAGAACUGCAAUGUGGAUCGGCAGAUAGCGCGUUUCGUGCUGCCUGUGGGCGCCACCAUUAACAUGGACGGAACAGCUCUUUACGAGGCCGUGGCGGCCAUCUUUAUCGCCCAGGUCAACGAUUAUGAGCUGGACUUUAGCCAGCUGGUCACCAUUAGUAUAACAGCUACAGCUGCCAGCAUAGGUGCUGCUGGGAUCCCCCAGGCCGGCCUCGUCACCAUGGUGAUUGUGCUGACAUCAGUGGGUCUGCCACCUGAUGACAUCACUCUCAUUGUGACCAUCGACUGGGUACUAGACAGAUUCCGAACCAUGAUCAACGUGCUGGGAGACGCCCUGGCAGCAGGAAUCAUCGGCCACUUAUGUCAGAAAGACUUUCCUCGCAGACCUACUGGCAAGUCACAACCUUCAUAUGGCACACAGAACUCUCACGACAUGCAGAACGGUGUGCCUAUGACCGAGCUGCCUCUGCACAAGCAGGACUGCUGCUAUGAUGUGAUGGGGGACACAGUCAAUGAGAGGCCUACCAUCUACUACAACAUCUGUCAAGUUUAACUCCUGGAAAGACAUUAACCUCAAAUGAUGGACAAAUUUGGUGUACUUUUCCCCUACUCGUGCCAUGAAACGGUACUGAAAGUACCUGCUCCUGCUGUCACCUAUCCAGUCUUUUUGGGACAAACUUUUUGGGACUGAACAUUUUCGCUUUGUCGGUGACACACUGCAAUGGACAAAUCAGGGUUUUCCACUAAGACCUUUUAUUAAAAAAAAUGUUUUAAACAGUGAUGAGUUAGGAAUCGCCCAAAUGUACUACUACGAUCUUGUCUAUGUGGUAUUGACUCUUGCUAUUAACUCGAGUCGUCCAACGUCCUGUGGAUUCACUGGAUGUUUUUUUUCCACUGUUCCUCACCAUGGUUUCUGUGGUCCAUGUGACAGUCAUAAUAACAGCAUGCAGGUAUGCAUUUUGAACAACUUGUUUGGCUUGAUUUUAUUUUUUUGCAUGCAAAGGAAGUAGGUCUACUGUCGGGUCAUAAUGGACAUUCUGGGUCAAUGGCAAUAAACUCAUUUCACUCAACUUCGUCUUCUAUUUAAUGCGCCUAACAUUUAUUGGCAGUUUCAACAAUCUAAAGGGAAAGUACAAGGGGGGGGGGAAUGUUGUAGAAUUCAAAACACGUCCUCUGAUGAUCUUUUUUUGUAGUUGACCCCGCUUUUUUUUGUAUUCAAAAACCUAAAUGUAACGUUGCCUUAAAUAAAAAAUGUCACUUGUC